AUGGAUAAUUUCAAUGUUACCAUGGAUUAUAUUAAUUUAGAUAAAAGUAUCUCCAAUAACUUUAUAAAUUUUGACUGCGACAGUGAUGAAAUUAUAAUGAAAAAGUGUAAGAAAGCUAUUCAAAAUGAAUACAAUAAGAUGGUUGAAAAUGGAGACAUUACUGAAAAUGAUUUGAAUGAAAAUAUUAAUAAUGAAACUGAUAAUAAUUUGUUUUGA